UUGAAGCUCAAAAUCAUGUCGACUAACGGUGUGUGUUCGAGACUGAUGCAGUUUAUAGACCCAGAAGAUCACCACAGAGUUGGAAUUCAGACCCCUUUCCAGCGUCUUGCACUUCAAAUGCAAGACGUUUUAGGAGAUGGAGGAAUUCUCAAAGAAGUGGUACGUGAGGGAGAAGGCCCGCUUGUACCGAGAGACGCUUCGGUCAGCAUCCACUUUUCUGGAUUCCUGGAGUAUUCGGAUCAGCCUUUUCAGUCGACGAGGAGUCUGAAGUUUCCCAAAAUGAUGAAGCUUGGAAAAGAUUUGACCGUGUGGGGUCUCGAUGUUGGUCUGCGGACCAUGCGGAAAGGAGAGUUCUCUCGUUUUCUCUUGAAGCCCAGAUACGCCUUUGGAGAUAUGGGCUGUCCUCCUCUCAUCCCACCUUCGGCAACAGUGCUGUACGAGGUGCAGAUCAUUGACUAUCUUGAUUCAGCCCAAGUGGACGAGUUCUUUGCACUUUUGCCGGAAGAGCAAAAUUUGGCACCUUUGUCUACGCUGCUGAAUGUAGUCGACACAGAGCGAAGCUUCGGAAACCGCUGUUUCAACCAAAGCCGCUACGAAGACGCCAAACACAGAUACAAGCAGGCCUUGACGUUGCUAAGGAAUCGCGAGACAGCUGAGGAAGAGGAGAGGAGACGUGUGGAGGAGGCCAGCCUGCCCUUCCUGCUCAAUCUCUCCCUCGUCUACCUCCGUCUGGAGAGACCUCAAAAAGCCCUGCAGUUUGGCCAGAGGGCACUGAAAAUCAACCCUGCUAACACCAAAGCGCUAUUCCGCUGUGGUCAGGCUUGCUUAGAUAUGAACGACUACGAGAAGGCAGAAGAUUACCUCACCAUGGCUCAGGCCAAAAAGCCUUUCGACACGGACAUCAACAACUUGCUACGAAAGCUGGCAAUUUCUUACAAGGAACACCUGGAAAAAGAAAAAGACAUGUACUCCAAAAUGUUUUCUGCUCUUAAAUCUGAGAAGUGAACAUUUCCAAGGCAGGGGGUUUGAAGAAAAAAAAGUACUUCUAAAGAAUUCAGAGCUGCAAUUUCACACUUCACAUCGUGUUAAAGUAUAACGGUGUUAAAGAAGGUUUACACCCAGUAUAGAUGUACACUUAACAACUACUAAUUAUGUUAGUUUCUUAGUUAUCGUUGCAUUGUUGACUUUCAAUUUAGCAAUUUGUUCAAUUUUGCAAACGUUCCAAAGUUUUUCUUUUUAUUCUUAUUAUUGUUCAUGUAGGUACAUACUAAAGAUUUAGUCAUUGAUUUCCUAUAU